AGGCAAGUUGGUGUGCAUUUAGCCUCCACCGUGGUUGAUCAAUCAAAUCGCUUCAAAAAUCUGCAGUGAAGAAGGCAGCGCUGACACACACUUUCAGGGUCUCCCUUCGAUUCGUUUAGAAUAUAGAUAUUCGCAUGUUAGCGCCCCCUUCCGAUAGGGAGAGUAGGUACCUAGUUUCUUUUCUGCUCUUGUCGGGAUAUUGUGCAGGCGCCACGCACGAGAUCGCGAUUCAGACAAGGCCAACGGCCUGCGCCAAGCAGAUCGCGGACCUAGAAAUACAUUAUACGUACGGAGAAACAGACGCGCAGAAAAAAAACAAAAAAACAGGCAGACAGAGGGCGAUGACGAUUUCACCGGUGUCAAAAGGUAGCAUACGGCUGAUUCAGCUUGGCCUAUCGACGAAUCCGAGGACUUUGACUGUCUGAGUUCUUGAACAUACUACCUAGUGAUCCGAUUCGACUCGACACCACUCAGCCCAAU